CUUUUUUUAAAAAAAUUUUAAACAUGCAUAUUGUAAUUUUUAAUGCCUAAAAAAUUAAAUCCAAGUGGAAGCGCACACGUCCAAAUAAAUUGUAACAAUAACAGAUUCAAUCAAAAUACCGAAAAAAACCCCCUCUUUUAUGCAUUUUAUUUUUGCAAGCAUUAUUACUCCCGACGUAAGAAUAAAUAAACUGAAUAAAAUCUGACAAAGAUCCUAUUUUGUCCUCGAUUCUGACAACUUGAAAAAACCUCUUACAAAAUGAUACGCUAUAAAUAACUUAUGCAAUGAUGAAAAAAAAAAAAAAAAAUUGAAGAUGAUGCAAAGAAAAGGGCGUGAAAAUAUCUUUAUAAAGUGAAAAACCCCGUCAAAGGCUUUCUUUCCCCUAUUUUCUUUAUUUUUCUCCCAACUAGUCUUAAUCCGAAAUACCUUGCCCUGAGUCAGCUCAAAAAAUCGUGGUGUAAACAGGAUAGUAUCGAUCUCUUUGAAAACAGUAGGGGGAAAAAAUCCUUUAAAAGGGUUUUUUUUUUCUUAUACAGCGGUUGCAUAACACACUCGAGUUGUGAGGGUGGAGGAACCCUUACGUUUCGUUCUUUUUACGAGGAUCGUCUGAAGUGGCGGUAAUAGGCAAUAAAUGAUUUUUUCCCCCUUCCUCACUUUAGGAGGAAACAAAAAACCACAACAAAAUGAUCAUCGUGCUGCCAUCUAUUGGUUAGAGCUGAAGUAAAUCGGUGGAAGAGACUUUGAAGGAGGAGGGGCUCAAAUGAGUUUUUGGUUGCUUUUUUUGUUACCAAGUCGUGCGGUUGUUGGGAAGUUGGCGUUUACAGGGGUGGGGCGAAAAAUGGCUGCGCGCGCUACCCAAUACAAGAAGCGCUUUGCUCUCGUUUGUUUACGAUAGAGCGCCAACUUCAGCGCGUUGUUCGAGUUGACGGCCGGUUCCCGUAACGGUCUUGUUCUCCAUGUGCUUCAUUUAAAUAUUUCAUGUUUUGAUUUAUGACGAAAAAUAUUAAAAUUCUCUUAAGAAAAACCAGUUUUUUUUACCGAAGAAAUUAAGCCGCAGAAAUUUCGAAGUCCUUUCUGGUGAGAAUACCAUUGCCACCCGUUGAAAGUCACUAAAUAUAAUCAUAGACGAUUUAAAAUCCAUCACACCCCUACAAUCAUUUCUUCAUCAAACCUGCUCUUCCCGUAAGUUCAUUUUACUUGUCAAUAUUCUUCUCGAGUAGUUUCCACACCAAUCAUCAAAAUCUUCGACUCACCGAAACCACCCAUUUCCCCGUCUUUACAGGUUCCUAAGACGGGACAUGGCAUGAUGGAGCAUGAGGAAGAUGGAGACGUCGCGAUCAAUCUGUCCAAAAAUCAAGCUCCAAGAUCUGCGGACACACCUAACGGCAAUGCCGAACCAGAAGAUGGUGAACCUCAGGGAUCUAAAGCUCACGGGAUCAAGAGGUCCAGGGCGACCAAUAAUCACCACGGCGAGAAGCCGGGUAUCGGUAACGAUUCCAACAUCCCUCCUCUGUUGAUGAUGAAUUCGCAGCUGUUGGCUCAGCAUCAGCUGCAACAGCUAUUGCAGCAGCCAUCGCCAACGCAGCUGCAGCAAUUGCUACAGCAGCAACAGUCCAUUUUCUUACAGCAGCAGCAACAGCAGCAGCAUCAGCAACACCAGCAGCUAAAACAACUUGAAUCCGUGAUACCUCACAUCCAAGAACAGAUCAACCUCAAUAUUAUGCAGCAAAGCCAAAUUCUCCACCAACUCAAUGGGCUGAAUAAUGGCUUGCCUGGUCUUGGUUCUUCUGAUAAGAAAGCGAACCGACAGCAGUUGCAACUUCAACUACAGCAGCUGGCACUUCAACAACACCAACUAAUGCAACAGCUACAGCUGAGCAAUAGACAAUAUAUGAUAAACCUCCAACCUUUCAUGCUUCCGCAAGGUCUGAACGCUAACGACGUUUGGAAAGAAGGAUCCGGUGAUGAAAGUGGCUCGACCGUGAAUGGUAUGAUGCAUGGAGGGUCCCCUGGGGCUGGAAGGCCCCUUGUGAAUGGGACGGCGCCCCAGCACGAAAUCUAUUCCGUAUCCCCAGUGAGCACGGCUUCUUCUUCCUCGUCCCAAAGAAGCUUGCCACCCACCCCAAAGGAUGAAAGAGGGUGUUCCAGUCCUCCAAGUCACGCUCUUUAUGGUCACGGGGUUUGCAAAUGGCCCGGAUGUGAAGCUGUUUGUGACGAUUAUCAGUCUUUCAAGAAGCAUUUAAACUUAGAACAUCAACUAGAUGAUCGGAGUACAGCCCAAGCUCGUGUCCAGAUGCAGGUUGUGUCUCAGUUGGAGCUUCAACUGUCGAAAGAAAAAGAAAGGUUACAAGCGAUGAUGCAGCAUCUUCACAUGAAACCUUACUCCAGCAGUAGUACCAACGGGAACGGAAACAGCAACAGCAACAAUCACCGAAGCUCACCUUCCAAAUCAGAAAAUAAUGUAAUUUCAAAUAUGAAAUCCGGUGCACCUACAUCGCCGCAAAUGGCCCUUGUCCCAGUUGUGAGUAGCUCUCCGCCCGCCCUGUCCGCCGUCAUGACGACAAUGUCCAAUGCGGGACCCCUCAUGGCCACUGUCCCGCAAAGACUGGGGCCUCCUCCUCCUCUUCACCCGCCCAAUCCAAAUAAUAUGGGUCAUGUGCGGCGAAGACUCAGUGACAAAAGCUGUCCGCCCCUGUCUGCUCUUGGAGAAGCCGAUCACAACUGGUCAUCUAAAAGUGUAUACGAUCCAACCCCCAGCAAUCCAAGGCAGUCUUUGUGUAAAUAUAACGUUUUAGAUGUUCCAUCUUUGCCUGAUUCUCCAAUUCGAAGGAGAGUAGUUGAAAGAGCUAAUCUAGAUAUUACAGAAGAAAUUCAAAGGAAUAGAGAAUUUUACAGAAAUGCUGAUGUCCGACCACCAUUUACGUAUGCAUCAUUAAUAAGACAAGCCAUAAUUGAAGCACCAGAAAAGCAGCUUACUCUUAAUGAAAUUUAUAAUUGGUUUCAAAACACCUUCUGUUACUUCAGACGGAAUGCAGCUACAUGGAAGGGCAAAUUCCGGAACUCUUCCUUCAAGAAUGCAGUUCGUCACAACCUAAGUCUUCACAAAUGUUUUAUGCGGGUUGAAAAUGUUAAAGGAGCCGUUUGGACCGUGGACGAACUAGAGUUCUACAAACGUCGUCCUCAGCGGCUUCAAGAACGAAUGUCCGGUAGUCUUCAGUUGCCUGCGCAAGGUCUCGCUCCUCAAGGUAUACCUCUAAUGCAUGGGCAGGGACGAAUGGGCAGCCCUCCAUUGAGGCAGAGUCCAGGCCUCUAUGGUGACUCAUUAAAUGCCUCAUUACAGGCUGCUCUUGCGGAAAGCAACUUGUCCUUCCUAAACUCUGCGAUGGCAGGUAGUGGGGCCGUGCCACAUACUCCGACUUCAACUCCUACACCUGCUGCCACUCCUGACUGUGUAACUUCCCAAUCUCAUGGCACAUCUGCACUGAGCGAAGCUGAGCGUUACGUUGUAGAAAUGAUAACACAUGGAAUGAAUAAUUCAGCUGUCAAUGGGUCAAAUAUUCACAUCAAACAAGAGCCAAUGUCUGAUGAGCCAGGACACAUGUGUCCUCCAGACAUGCAACAUCGAAUAGAUGAAGAUGAUCGACAUUCUGACGUAAAUUCUGAUCAUCAUGACGUCCAUGAUGAAGAUCAAGAAGAGGAUAUGGAGGAAGCAGAGGACUUAUCACUCUCAUCAUCUAUAAACUCUGAGCCUCAGGCUACUACCUGUCCUUAAACGUAAUUUAAUUAAAGCUUGUGACACCAAGCUAUGCCUGAACCUUGUUCGCCGUGCAUUUCGUAACAUAGAAAUUGUUCAAGAGGUGGUCAAGAUUUGUGUCUGAAUGUUCACAGUUCAAUCCCUUUAUUUUAGUAAAGUCAGUUCUAGCCACAUUGUGUUCCUCAAAAAUACUGUUAUGAUAAAACAUGUCCAAAAUACAAAAAUGGCAGUCCUUCUAUAGAAAGCCUUCGGAUAUAUAUCUCCCAUUAAAUUAAUAAAAGGACUUGUUACAUUUAGCCUUAUUUAAAUAUUAUCUAACUCAUUUUUUUAAUAUUCUGUGUUUCUUCAAUUACUGUUCUGAUAAACUAUGUGGAAAAUAAUUUUUUUUUAAAAAAACAAGUCUUUUGAUUAAAAAAAACAUCUCAAAAUGCAACUCUCAUUAAAUUAAGAGAAAGGCUUGUUACUUAAAACCUUAUUUUAAUAUUGUAUAACCUAGUUCUUAAAUGGUAACUCCCAUUAAAUUAGCAAAAAAUCUUGUUACAUUAAACCUUACUUAAAGUAAUAUUGCAAAACCAAUUUUUUUUCAUAAAUUAUGUAAUUUCCAGUAGUUAAUUCUUGUAUUCAGACUUCAAGACUUCAAAUUCUAGUUCAGACUUCAAAUCGUAUGCACCACCUCAAUCAAGUCAUCUCGUAGCUGAUAGCAGCUAAAUCAAUUUUCCGGCCAAAUCAGCUCUCCGAAAGUAUUUAGUGAGAGUUUUUCAACUACCUUGGGAAGCGAGAAAAUUUGUGUUAAUCCACAUCAAGGAAUACCUCACUUUGAUUGCAAUAUAUACCUCACUUACAAUUGCAAUUGUUAUUGCGCCUCCUUCCUCUUAAUUUGUUCCUGGGCCCUCACUCAACGAGAGCCAUUGCACCGGUGAUGAAAUUGAACAGUAAGUUAGAAGAAAUGAGCAUUUUUCUCAUUGUUAAUUCUAGGCAGUAUAAGGGAUUGUUCAUUUGACUGCCAUUAACAGAGAUUGUGACAUU